AUGACCAGCCUUAUCUCACAAACCACGCCAUUGCCGGCUGAUCUGGCCAUCAGCGAGUACUCGCGUAAAUUCUACGACGGGACUUACAAAUGGACAGCGGAAGGCUUUACCGACGAGAAUGGAGGCAAGUGGAACUCGGGAGCUCCGACGCCCUUGCCGCCGAUGGAUCUGGGCGACUAUGACGAAGAAAUGGAGAAUGCGGAUAGUCAGGGCAGCACGCUACCUAUCCCUCCGCUGGACAAGAUGAGCACUCCUUCCGCGGACCAGAGUCAAAGGAGGGACUCGUUGAUCGGCUAUAAGGCAGGCCAAAUCAAGCUUGCAAGCUCAUCGCCGCUUUCAGACUGCCCAUCAGAUAUCUCGGAAGAAAACCCAAAAUCCAUCGAAGGAGCUACGGCAGUAAAGAAGACGAGCCCCGGAGAAUCUCAGCAAGCAAGAAGCGAAACGCCAGAGCAUAAAUCCACCACUCGAGGUGUUGCACAGAUAGUCAAGAAGACCGCUAAGAGGCCAGCAAAGCAAGCCAAAAAGUCUUCUGCACCUGUGAAGUCUUCGCAGACGGGUAGCUAUACGCAGGGCUCGGGGAGUUCAUCGAGACGACGGUCGGCGAGGAAGGCAAACACGCAGGGUACACGGCCUUGA